AUGACCACAGCAGCAGACCGAGACAGCAUCCAACUGGAGCUCCAGCCGAGGCUUUCUGCUGACGCGGUUCUUCAUUACCCAGAAUCAGAAGGUUUCGACAAGUCAAACUUGCGAUUCACGGAGUAUGAGCGUCCGACCUACCUUGUUUCUAUCUCACCAGGCUGCGAUGAGGAUGUGGUUCAGAUCGUCAAGUACGCGAGAGAGAAGGGCGUGCCGUUCUCUCCACGAUCAGGACACCAUGCCGUCACAACGACGAUGCGACAUCUCAAAAAUGGCAUCCUGAUCGAUAUGCGCUCCUUGAACAAACUCAGCUUCGACGCCGAGAAGCGACAGGUCACGGCAGGCGGCGGUGUGAUCACUGACAAUUUCGUCCAAUUUCUCCAGUCAGUGGGCAUGGAAGUUAACGUUGGUUCUUGCCCGACGACGGGAAUCAUGGGCGUAGCUUUCGGGGCCGGACUCGGUCGACUCCAGGGCAAAUACGGAUUCUUGCAUGAUAACAUGGUAUCAUGCAAGCUUCUUCUCGCAGAUGGUAGCGUGAAGAUGGUGUCGGAGGAGUCCAACCCGGACCUCUUCUGGGCCAUUCGUGGAGCGGGACACAACUUCGGCAUUGCGUUGGAAGCGACGUUCCGCGUCUAUCCUCAGGCGAACAACGGCAUCCAUUACACUUGGGAUAUAGAGUAUACCUUGGAUCAGUGUGACGAUGUCUUCGAGACACUGAACAGCGUCCACGAGAGCAUGCCUGCCGAUCUGGCCAUCUUUGUGCUCUGGAUUCGCCAGUCCGAUGGGGGACGAAAGCAUAACAUUCUCGUCAACCUCGUCUGGUCUGGAAACGAAACGGAGGCAGAUCCCUGGGUCGCCCGCUUCGAGAAGCUCAACCCGAUCCUCAACAGUGGCAAAGUCACGGCCACUUGGGCCGAUCUUCCGUGGACGACAUACAAGGGGCAGAACAAGAUUCUCAGCAGGCCCGAAGUCUGGUCCAAGGCACCGAACAAGAUGAUGGGUGCCGCCUGCGUCGAAAAGUUCGACUUGAAGACGAUCAAGGCCUUCUUCGAAAGCGUCAAGUCCAUGAAUGAGGAGUGGGCUGGCAAGGGCUUUUUCGGAGCCAUGUUUGAGUGCCUACCGCACCAGAAGGUCAGAGAACUGCCGGACGAUGCAACGGCGUUUCCCUGGCGUUGGGGUUCAAACCAUUUCUUGAUGUUGAUGGCGACCCCGAUCAGUAUCGAGAACCGCGGACCGUUCGAAGCUCAUCUUGACCGCUGGAAGAAGGAGUUCAUCGCGACUUCUGGGUACGGCCGAUUGCAACAAUAUGUCAACUAUGGCAACACUACUUCCACCAUGCCUGAUCCUCCGGAGGCGUUGUACGGGUAUGAGCCCUGGCGUUUGGAAAAGCUGAGGAGGUUAAAGCAGCUUUACGAUCCUGAAAAUGUGUUCCGGUGGUACCAGCCUUUGAUGGAAUAG